CGCAUGGAUCUCGCUCAGUGAUGGUGCUUCUCCCCCAGCCAGGUGCAGGGAGCGACCCGCGGCGCCCCCCAGCCAGCGCCGCCCGGAUUGAGGAUGGCUCCCACGCGGGGCCAGCUGCUCCAGCUCUGGCCCCUGCUGUUCGGCCUGGCCGAGGCCCUCACCAUCCCCAAGGAGUACGAGAUGCACAACCUGCGGCAGCCCCCUGAGAUGAUGGAGCAGCCGGCGGAGAAGCUGGUCGUGUUCCCCAGCGAUGACAUUGUGCUGCGGUGUGAGGCCACCGGGACACCCCCCCUCGAGUUCCGCUGGACGAAGGACGGGCGCAGGUUCGACCCGCGCCGGGAGGCCGGGGUGACGGUCGUCGAGGGCUCGGGGACCCUGUACAUCAACAACAGCAAUGCGGGGCGGCACCAGGGCAUCUAUCGGUGCUACGCCAGCAACGACCUGGGCACGGCCAUGGGGCCGGAGAUCCACGUCAUCGCCGAGAGCAUCGUACACAUCGCGCAGGACGAGCGGGUCAGCAUGGGGCAGGACGGGUACUUGUACUUUGCCAACGUCCGGCGCUCGGACAGUCACCCCGACUACAUCUGCCACGCCCACUACCUGGGCCCCCGCACCAUCAUCCAGAAAGAGCCGAUCGAGCUGCGGGUCCGACCCACCAACUCAGUGAAGUUUCGCCAGCCCCGGAUGAUGGUGCCGCCCGGGGAGAGCAGCUCCCACGUCGCCCUGCGGGGUUCCAGCCUGGCCCUGGAGUGCAUCGCGGAGGGCUUCCCCACGCCCACUGUGGAGUGGAUCCGUCUGAACGGCCCCCUGCCCGCGGAGCGCACGGCCCUGGAGAACUCCCAGAAAACUCUGCUGAUCCGGGACGUGCUGGAGGAGGANGACGGGGAGUAUCAGUGUAUCGCCCGCAACACGCGGGGCACCGCCCGCCACAUCUACACCGUCACCGUGGAAGGUACCGGCGGGGGCUGCGAGUCGGGAGUGAGGGGCACCCAGCUGGCGCCGGACUCGGCGCGGAUGCUGCGCUCGGGGGCCCUGAUCCUCACUCAGGUGCAGCCCAACGACUCGCUGGUGACGCAGUGCGAGGCCGUGAACCGCCACGGCCGCUUGCUGGCCAACGCCUACAUCUACGUCAUCCAGCUCCCGGCGAAGAUCCUGACCCCGGACGAGCAGCGCUACGCCGUGGUGGAGAACCAGACGGCGUCCCUGGACUGCCAGGCCUUCGGGGCGCCCAUGCCCAGCGUGGAGUGGUUCACCGAGCGGAUGGAGCCGGCCCUGCAGGACGAACGCGCCUUCGUCCACACCAACGGCACCUUGCACCUGAGCCGGGCCCAGCGCCAGGACACCGGCGCCUACGUCUGCCUCGCCCAGAACGACCAGAACAACGUCACCAUCAACGCCUGGCUUGAGGUCAAAGGCGCGACGCGGAUCGUGCUGGGACCCCAAAGUGCUGUGGUGAAGAAAUUCAGCAACGUGACCUUCCAGUGCCGGGCACGGUUCGACGAGACGCUGCCGGAGCGCGGAGUCGAGUGGCGGCGGGACGGGCGCCUCAUCCAGGAGUCGGACGACAGCGACAAUCCAGCCCCCGAGCGUUACCCCGAGGGGGUGGCCGGCGAGGGGAACGAGACCGACAACAUGCUCAUCACCUGGAAGCCCCUGAACAAGUCGGACUGGAACGCCCCCGAGCUCAGCUACCGGGUGCAGUGGCGGCGUCUGGGCGAGGGGGGGAGCUGGAGCGAGGAGACAGUCAGUGGCCCCCCCUUGCUGGUAACGAAGACCCCCACCUUUGUCCCCUACGAGAUCAAGGUGCAGGCCGUGAACCCCGUCGGCAAAGGGCCCGAGCCCCCCACCGUGGUGGGGUACUCUGGAGAGGAUGUGCCCCAGGUGAACCCCGAGAAUGUGGGGGUGGAAAUAUUCAACAGCACCAGCGUCCUCGUCAGCUGGACCCUGCCCAACAGAGACCAGCUGCGGGGUCACCUCCGGGGGUUCAGGGUGUUUUACUGGCGGUUGGGCAGUGUGGGGGAGCGGAGCCGGCGCCAGGCCUGGGCCCAGCCACCCCCGCUGGUGCUGACGGUGGUGGGGGAGGCGUCGCGGGCCAGGCUGGGGGGGCUACGCCCCUGGAGCUGGUACCGCCUCUACGUGGUUGUGUUUAAUGGGCGCAGCGACGGGCCCCACAGCGAGGACAUCGACUUCAGCACCCCCGAGGGAGUGCCCAGCCCCCCCAGCUCGCUGCUCCUGGAGCGGGUGUCGGACACGGUGCUGGCUCUGGAGUGGACACCCCCCCAGUUCCCCAAUGGGGCGCUGACCGAGUACCUGCUGCAGUACCAGCAAGGUGAGUCCGGGGGGUCUCUCGAGCCCUGGCGCACGUCCGGCCAGGCCAACUCCACCCACGGCUCCUACCGGCUGGUCGACCUGCAGCCCGGCACCUCCUACCGCGUCCAGUUCGUGGGGCGCGACCCCUCGGGGGAGAGCGUCGCCUUCUGGGAGAGCGAGGUGCAGACCAACGGCAAGCUGCUGACGACCGACCAGCGCAGCUUCGCCACCGAGGGCUGGUUCAUCGGCUUCAUCUGCGCCGUGAUCCUGCUCCUUCUGCUUCUGCUUGUCCUCUGCUUCGUCAAACGCAGCAAGGGCGGGAAGUACUCGGUGAAGGACAAGGAGGAUACGCAGGUCGACUCUGAAGCCCGACCCAUGAAGGACGAAACGUUUGGGGAGUACAGAUCCCUGGAGAGCGACAACGAGGAGAAGCCGUUCGGCAGCAGCCAACCCUCGCUCAACGGGGCACUGCCGGCACUGGGCAGCGAGGACAGCCUGGCCGACUACGGGGGCAGCGUCGACGUGCAGUUCAAUGAGGACGGGUCCUUCAUCGGCCAGUACAGCGGCCACACGGGCAAGGAGCCGGCCGGCAACGACAGCUCGGGGGCCACCAGCCCCACCAACGCCACGGCCGCCCUGGAGUAGGGGGGACGUGCCCCCCAGCCGGCCAAGCCCCCCUGGGGACUAGGGGAGCCCCUUCCUGCCCCAGGGGAAUUGGGGGCUGGGGUUGGCCCCCAGCUGGGACAUAGGGGACCCCCUUCCUGCCCCAGGGGAAUUGGGGGUUCAUGUACCCCUACCUCCUCCCCCAUCUGUUAGCUCCCCCCUCCUGCCUCAGAAGAGGAGGGGGGUAAUUUAAGGGAAUCCCUCCUUAGCCCCCCCAGAAUGUCCCCACCUCCCCAAAGCAUCAUUUAUCUUCUGCAUGUGAUGGGCCAAAAAGCUUGGGGGAGGCGAGGGGUUAAUGGGGGGGCUCUGUACCCAGGGUUAAUAUUUGCCAAAAAAUAGACCCCUCCCCAAGUAUCUCCAUGUUUUAAUCAUUCUGGGCUCAGCCUCUGCCCCACCCCUGGGCGUGCGACCGAGCAGCCGGGGGUGGGGCGCUGGGAGCCCGGACUCCUGGGUUCCAUCCCUAGCCCUUUCCCGGCUUCCUUUCAGUUGGGGGAGGAGGAUUGAACAUUUUCCCCUAAUUCUGCCCCUCCCCCUGCCCUGGGAGGGGGCUGUUCAAACCUCACCUGCAUCCUGGGAUUCUCCUGCCCCUCCCUCACCAACGCUGGGAGCCCCCACCCCCCACAAGCUCCCCCAGGAUCGUCCCCCUCCACAAAUCCACCUCUGCCACCCACCCCCUGGACUCUCUGCGGGGGGGCCGGCGUCACCAUUUCACCCCCCGUCAAAAGGGAACUGCCCCCCCGCUUUCUCACACAGCUGCCUUUGCAACCACAUUUCUCAAGCCAAGUGGCCUCUUGUUCGCUCUGUGCCCCCCCCCCCCGGACUUUCCCCUCCCCCCUGUUGGGGGUCUCAGCUUCGCUCUGUGCCCCCCACAACCUUUUUUGCAUAAAACAGAUUUUAAAAAAACAUUUAAAAAAUGCCCUGGCCCCGGCUGGGUGGAGGCCUGGCCGGGGUCACCCCGUGUAGAUAGGUGCACCCCCCACCCCCCCGCUCGCUGGGUCGUUGUGCUAGCCGUGGUCUGGGCCUGCUGUGUGCUGUGGGGUAGUCGUGGCUUCGCGUUCCGUAUAAGACAAGAAAGGGGGGAACAAAACUUUUUUUAAAAAGUCCCCUCCCGAAAUCCCGUCCCUGGGGCCGGCUAAGGCCGCGCUGCCCCCCCCGUGUCGUCCCCCGUCCCCCUCGUCAGCUGUCACUAGCGUCUCGAUCGAUGGCUUUUUUAUAUCUAUACUGUACAGACCGAACCGCCUUCGAACCACGGCGGAAUAAAACCUGAAAGCUGG